CCUCCAUAACCCAACCUUGAUUUAUGUGCUGGGGAUUGAGCAUUUGAGUCCUGAGAGGGCGCCUCACCGUGGAGCAGCAAGAACCCGCCCGUCCGCCGCGCUGUUUGGUGCACCUACCAUUUCCGACGCGCCUCCCAGCAUCCUACACUCUCAUUGUAGUCUCAGGUGCUUCCAGUCCCUGUAAUGUACUUAGCUUUUUACCCUUUCUCUUGAUUCUAUAUUUAUAGUGUUGUACAAGUCAAAGUUUUCAUGGCAAAUCUUCCUUUUAGAAGAUUAGUCUUCUAUCUCCAUAAACGAUUUCACAAUGCUCCCUCAUCUUCCAAAACCCUUAAAAGUUCGGCAAUUAAGGAUAAUAGAAUGACUGAAACUAGAAAUAAUAGACAAAUUAAUACUAUUAAUUGUUCUAAUUCAACCUCAAAUCAAUCUUUUUGUGUUGAAUACCUUACUAAUUCAUGUGGGCUUUCUUUACAUUCUGCUAUUUCGAUUUCUAAAAAGGUUAAGUUGGCAGACAAGAACAAACCACACUUUGAUUCUGUUGUUUCUUUUUUCAAAUCCCAUAACUUUUCUGAUGCCCAUAUUGUUCAACUAAUUGAAAAGCGCCCUGCUGUUCUCCAUUGUAGAAUUGGAAGUAAUAUUGAGCCAAAGAUUCAUUUUCUUCUGGAAAAUGGAUUCCAGGGUUUGCUUCUUCCAGAAUUUGUUGUUUCUGCCCCUGAUAUUUUUUAUAGGAGUUUAAAUAAUCAAUUGAGGCCAAUGAUGACAUUGCUUAAGAAAGUUAUAAGUUGCCCUGAAAAGAUACUAUUGGCUGUUAGGCGCAGGAAAUGGAUUGUAGGUGCCGAUAACGAACAAAUGCAACAAAACUUGGAUUACUUGAUUGAACAAGGGGUAUCCAAGCAAAGAGUUGAGGCGCUGCUUGUUUGGGAGCCUGUUUGCAUGUGUGUAGAUACUUCCAGAGUGAAGUAUGGAGUUGAAAAGCUGAAAACAAUGGGUAUUUUGCCAUCUAAUACAAUGUAUGUACAUACCCUUCGCGUGAUCUUGUAUAUGACCAAGUUUUCUUGGGAGAGGAAAUUGAAGGUUUUUGAGAAUUUAGGGUGGUCUUAUGAUGAUUUUAUAUCAAGUUUUAAAAAGAAUCCAUAUUGUUUGGGUUAUUCUGAGGAGAAACUUAAACAAUCUGUGGAUUAUUUUGUGAACACCGUGAAGCUUGAUAGGGAAAUUAUUGUUGCUAAUCCUCAGUUGCUUGGAUAUUCACUUAAGAAAAGGAUAGUUCCUAGGUACAUUAUAUGGAAGGUUUUGGAAGAGAGGAACCUGAAUCCUUCAAAGCUCGUUUGGAUGUUUUAUAUAUCGGAAAAGGUCUUUCUUGAGCGAUAUGUUGCUAGGUAUUUUGAUACGAAUCCAGAUCUCUUGCGAAUCUAUCAGACCAGCAAGGAGAAGCCCAUCACCUACCAGUCUUGUUAGAAAAUGAAUAGAUUGCUCCUAAUGGCAGUUAAUGAUCGCAAAAAAAUUCGCACUCACAUGAUCGGUAACGACUGCAACUACACCGAAACUGUUGAAGAAUUGAGAAGGCCAUAUGAGAUACCGUAACUGAUGAAUUUAAUUUUCUUUAGUACUCUUGAGAAAUUUAUGUAAUUUCCAAAAAUUAUUGUAAUCGUAGGACGUAAUUAUGUAAUUCCGGACUUAAUUAGAUAAUCGAUGUAAUUAUGGCCUUGUACUAAAAAAAAUUUCAGACUUUUGGUGCCAAAAAAAUCAGCUUUCAAAUUGGGUUAGAAAGUGCUUGAAAUUAGUGGGAAUCGUUAAUUCCUUAAACCUUACAAUUAAAAAUACAUAGUACUACUAUCUCUCCUAUUCUUAGGGUCUCAUUUUGACUUUUCUUAUAAUCCGUAAAAAGUCAAAUGAGACUCCUAAGCUGAAUAGGAGAAAGUAGCUUUUAAAAAGCAAAUGACACGCUACCGGUGAAUUUGAGGGAGUACAUCACAUGCUAGUCUAACCAAGGUCAAUAAGGCUCCUCCAUAACCCAACCUUGAUUUAUGUGCUGGGGAUUGAGCAUUUGACUCCUGAGAGGGCGCCUCACCGUGGAGCAGCAAGAACCCGCCCGUCCGCCGCCCUGUUUGGUGCACCUACCAUUUCCGACGCGCCUCCCAGCAUCCUACACUCUCAUUGUAGUCUCAGGUGCUUCCAGUCCCUGUAAUGUACUUAGCUUUUUACCCUUUCUCUUGAUUCUAUAUUUAUUGUGUUGUACAAGUCAAAGUUUUCAUGGCAAAUCUUCCAUUUAGAAGAUUAGUCUUCUAUCUCCAUAAACGAUUUUACAAUGCUCCCUCAUCUUCCAAAACCCUUAAAAGUUCGUCAAUUAAGGAUAAUAGAAUGACUGAAACUAGAAAUAAUAGA